CGCGCUCAGUGACGUAGGCACGUCUCAGAGGAAGAACGAGGCGCGUUCACGGACACGGAGCGACGAGCUCGGUCCAAACACUUUGGACGAAAAGUUCCGUUAGAGACGAGCAGGGAGUUCGGUUCGAGCGCGAACAUGAAUGUGAUCGCAGUCUUUGUCCUCCUGGGGACAGGACUGACGGUAAACGGCGAGAUACAUUCCCUCACUUACAUCUACACGGCCUUCUCCAAACCAGUCAACCUGCCGGGCAUCCAUGACUUCACAGCCAUGGGUCUGCUGGAUGACAGGAUGAUCGACUACUAUGACAGCGACGUUCAGAAGAAAGUUCCCAAAGAGGACUGGAUGAAAACUCGGAUGGAUGAAGACUACUGGAAAAAAGGCACACAGUCCCGCCAGAGCAAGCACCAGUGGUUCAAAGUCAACAUGGAGAUUCUGAUGAAACGAAUGAGACAGAAUGAGUCGGACGUCCAUAUUCUUCAGUGGAUGCACGGAUGUAAGGGCGAAGAGAAUCCUGAUGGAUCUUUGAGAUUUGUCCAAGGCAAGGACAUGUACAACUACGACGGACAAGACUUCCUGUCCUUUGACGAUGCCAAUGCAGUCUGGGUCGCCCCAGUUGACGCAGCAGUAGAGACCAAGAGGAAGUGGGACGAUGUCCGGGUCCUUAAAGAAUACACCAAAGGCUACCUGGAGAACGAGUGCAUAGAAUGGUUGACCAAGUUCAUUACGUAUGAGAAAGAGCAGCUGAGAACAGCCAAGCCACCUGAAGUGCACCUGUUCACAAAGAACAGCAGAGUUCAGACAAACUCCAUCUUGACGUGCCUGGUCUCAGGAUUCUACCCGAAAGACAUCCAGCUGGUAAUGAAACGGGGCGACCAUACCCUAACUAGACAGGAUGGAGUGGACACCUUUGGCGUUCGACCAAACGAAGAUGACACCUACCAGAGAAGAGACUACGUGGAGAUUUUGAAGAGUGACAAAUCCAAAUACACCUGUCACGUGAUUCACCGUGCAUCCGGGUUAAAUGUUGAGAAGGAAUGGGUACACAGAUUCAUUCAUGGAGGAAGUGGGCCGGUGGUUGGCAGGCUGGUUGGGGUGAUCUUAUUGGUCCUGUUCCUGAUCGUGGCUGUGGUGCUGUGUGUCCUGUGUAAGAAAUGCAAAAUUGGGUCAUCUCAAGGUUCUCUCAACAGCGGCUCCUCUGGCAGAUCUGACCAUUCAAAGGAGGUGAAAAUACCUCUCGAUGAUGCCAACGGUGAGAAGGUCCACCUGAACCCAGACACUGGGUCAUCUCGUUCUCUCAACAGGUCCUCUGGCAGAUCUGGUGAGUUUUCUUUGUUGAUGAUUUGA